AUGUCUCCUGUUCAAGAUCCCGUCGACCAUGAUGAUGUCCCUAUCUUGAUCAUAGGAAGUGGUCCCUGUGGUCUCUUACUCGCUUUCAUGCUCGCACGGCUCGGAGUUCGGUCAUUGAUCGUCGAACGUUAUCCCACCAGACUGGAUGCACCAAAGGCCCACGCACUGUCACCCAGAUCACUGGAGCUAUGCCGUCAAUUUGGGUUGGAUGUCAACAAAAUCCGCAACAUCGGGGCAGCUCGUGAAGACGCCCACUGGGUGAACUUCGUUACUAGUUUGAGCGGAAAACUCGUCGGGAGACUUCCAUACGAGCGGAUGGACGCCGAGGUCCUGAAUGACACGCCUACGAUGAUACACAACAUUCCUCAGCCGGAGUUCGAGGAUCUGAUUGCUCGAGAAUUGCCCAACCAUGAUCUAGUGGAAGUGCGCAAAAAUCAUUCGUUCGUUCGGUUGGAAAAUUGGGUUGCGACGGGGCAAAGAGUGCCGUUAGGAGGUUCUUAG